CCUCGCCUCCAGCCCUCCGCUGACCCCGCUGCUCGGUCAUUCCCGCCUUGUCAACCCCGCCAGGUUUCCCGCGCCUUCUUCGCGCCGGUGCGGGUCGCGACUACCCGCGCAGAGCCUGAGCGGGCGCCGGCGGGAAGGGGAAGCGGCGGAAAUACCGUCACUCCAUGUGCCGCCUUUUGGAAUGAAGUAAACCACUGGCAGUGUGAUAUCAGCAGUUAUUAAGAAGCGUGGGUGGGACCAGAUUAAUGGGCAACAGCCCUUUUAAUUAAUUUAUCAUUAUCAUGGCUAAUGAGGGUUGUCCCAAGGCUGGUGAUAGUCCUUUUUCAUCAGAUAAACAUGCCCAACUCAUCUUGGCCCAGAUCAGUAAAAUGAGGAAUGGACAGCAUUUCUGUGAUGUGCAGCUGCAAGUUGAAAAGGAAAGUUUUAAAGUUCACCGGCUGGUUUUGGCUGCUAGUAGUCCUUACUUUGCAGCUUUGUUCACUGGAGGAAUGAAAGAGUCCUCAAAAGAUGUUGUACAGAUUCUAGGAAUUGAAGCUGGAAUAUUUCGAAUACUUCUAGAUUUCAUUUACACAGGUAUAGUGAACAUAGCUGUGAAUAAUGUUCAGGAGUUGAUUGUUGCAGCAGACAUGCUACAGUUGACUGAAGUUGUUAAUCUUUGCUGUGAAUUUCUGAAAGGACAAAUUGAUCCACUGAACUGCAUUGGGAUCUUUCAGUUCUCUGAGCAAAUUGCCUGUCAUGAUCUUUUGGAAUUCACAGAAAACUACAUUCAUGUCCAUUUCUUGGAAGUUCAGAGUGGGGAAGAGUUCCUGGCCCUUACAAGAGAUCAGCUGAUCAAAAUUUUACGAAGUGAAGAGCUUAGCAUUGAGGAUGAAUACCAAGUCUUCUUAGCUGCAAUGCAAUGGAUUCUCAAAGAUCUGGGAAAAAGAAGAAAACAUGUGGUGGAAGUACUAGACCCAAUUCGAUUCCCUUUAUUACCUCCUCAGAGGCUUUUAAAGUAUAUAGAAGGAGUAUCUGAUUUUAAUCUUCGUGUUGCAUUGCAAACACUUUUGAAAGAGUACUGUGAGGUGUGCAAAUCUCCCAAAGAGAACAAGUUUUGUAGUUUUCUGCAAACAUCUAAGGUCCGACCUCGGAAGAAAGCAAGAAAGUACCUGUAUGCAGUAGGUGGAUAUACUCGGUUACAGGGAGGUCGUUGGAGUGAUAGCAGAGCCCUCAGCUGUGUAGAACGCUUUGACACCUUUAGCCAGUACUGGACCACUGUGUCUUCACUUCAUCAGGCUCGAUGCGGGCUAGGAGUAGCAGUUCUAGGAGGGAUGGUCUAUGCUAUUGGAGGUGAAAAGGAUUCCAUGAUUUUUGAUUGUACUGAAUGCUAUGAUCCAGUUACUAAACAGUGGACAACUGUAGCUUCAAUGAAUCACCCCCGCUGUGGCUUGGGAGUAUGUGUGUGUUAUGGAGCUAUCUAUGCUUUGGGUGGGUGGAUUGGAGCUGAGAUAGGGAACACCAUUGAACGAUUUGAUCCUGAUGAAAAUAAAUGGGAAGUAGUUGGCAACAUGGCUGUGUCACGCUACUACUUUGGGUGUUGUGAAAUGCAAGGUUUAAUUUAUGUAAUUGGGGGCAUCAGCAAUGAAGGAAUAGAGCUUCGUUCUUUUGAAGUUUAUGAUCCACUUUCCAAGCGUUGGUCUCCACUACCUCCAAUGGGAACCAGGAGAGCAUAUCUUGGGGUGGCUGCCCUCAAUGACUGCAUAUAUUCUAUUGGAGGGUGGAAUGAGACACAAGAUGCUCUUCAUACUGUAGAAAAAUAUUCUUUUGAAGAGGAAAAGUGGGUUGAAGUUGCCUCAAUGAAAGUGCCUAGAGCAGGCAUGUGUGUUGUGGCAGUCAAUGGGCUUUUGUAUGUUUCUGGAGGGCGAUCUUCCAGCCAUGAUUUCUUGGCCCCAGGUACCUUGGACUCAGUUGAAGUUUAUAACCCUCAUUCAGAUACAUGGACAGAAAUUGGUAACAUGAUCACCAGUCGUUGUGAAGGAGGUAUUGCUGUACUUUGAAAUAUAAACCACAAGAGAGCACAAGAAAGACUUUGAAAAUAUCAGAUCUGACCUUUUGCAAAUCACACAUGUAUUUGGUGAUAGGAUCCUCUGAUUCCUUUAAGUUUUCUGUGUAUUUGGUAGAUAGGUGUCUGCAGACUGAUUUUUCUAAGAAUCUAAAUAAAAAGGCAUAUGGAAUAUAUCGCAAAUUAAUAAAGAGCUCACAAAGAUAAUGUCAAGCUUAUCAAUAGAAAUGCUAUUUAUGCUCUAGAACUGUCCAAUUAGGAGAAGAAUCCUAUUUGUAAAAAUGAUUUGCUAGAAGCUUCUUGGCAAAUAACGGCUUCUCCAGUUCAAUUCAAGCUGUAACUUGACCCUUAUGUGAUGUAAGAAUACCAGUGAGACAGUUUAAAGAUGUCUGUACAUUCAUGAUUCAAUCCAGAGCAGAAUUUUCCAUGGCCAUAGUUUAACCAACAGAGAAAAGCCAAUGAAACAACUUCCUACUUUUAUUUAAUGCUAGGAGUUUUCACUAGCCCCAAACUUUUUAAUGGCAGCAGACAUACUGGGAGGGACAUGUAGGAAAUAUCUAGCUAUUAAUAUAGAGAGGUAAGUUUGAACCUGUUCAUAACAGCAUAAAAAAAGCUUUUGCUCACUUAGGUUUUUUUGUCUUGAUGCUGAGAAUACAAGUGAGUAAUUAAUAGGUUCUUAGUGACAGUGCUUUAUAGGAUAUAAUAGGAUGUCGUAAUGGGAGAUAGAGCCUAGCAAGUGGUAUGCACCUAGUAAACUUCUUCCCUAUUUUCUAAAUAGUCACCAAAAAUAUCUGGCUUUGGGAAGAGGGAAUUUUAUUAGAUUAUCGAGCUUUUUUUUUUUUUUUUGUGAAGCUUACUUGUACUUGGGCAAGCCUUAAUAUGAGCUUACUAUGAGGCUAAUGCCUGCCUUGAAGGUGGAAUUAUAGAUACUUGUGAAACUUCUUAUAGAUGCUGAUUCAUAAGAUGGAAAGGCUUCUUCUCAUCCAAAACUGCUUCUCAAAACCUCUUAUUUUCCUCAAGAAGUAUUCUAAAGAAUUGUUCUGAAAGGAAGAUUCUUCAUAUACAUGAUCAUGACUUUUAAGUUAUUUCUGCUAGUCAGUUGAAGCCAUUUAAAUUCAAGGUCUUGCAUACAUUUAGGUUUACCUAGCUGAUUCCAGGAUUUGAUUUCUAUAUUCCUGAUUUCCCCUCUUCUUUACUAAAGUCCUUCAGUAUAUUGUUAUAGGUAUCAGUAGCUUAUUUAGAUAGAAAACUUUUGGUAAACCUCAGGUAGCAUUCCUAUCCAAAAUAUUUGGAUUGGCCCACAAGGAUACUUUUCUUCAUAACUUAAUCAUAUGUUUAUAUUAAGAAAAGCUUAUGUAGUACAAACAGAAAGCUCUGAAAGUCUGAAGGGUCACAGAUACCUGGUUGGAAUCUAUAAAAUGUCAACGAAUGAAGUGUCAAAGUAAUUUGUAGACUAUUUGAGCUCAUGUGCCUAAAUAUUUCCAGUUAUAAAGAAUCUGCAUUCUGGUUCAAAAGAAAUUUACAAAAUGCUCCUAUUAUUUAAUUCUCAUUAUUGCCUGGCAACCUAAAGUGGCACUGUUAAGGGAGGCAUUUUGUAAUGCUGUGGCAGAAAUGUAAUGUCAAAACAAUCAAUGUUUGGGCUUAAUAGGUCCAGAUGAUCCCUGAAAAUAGGUCAUUGUAAAUAUGCUUGUUACUUCUAAGGUAAUGACAUUGUUUUACAAAGAAUAUACUAAUAAAGUAUUUUCAUUUUUGCUUUUC